AUGGUGCAUACGCUUACAAAAUUGGUGGUGGAGACAACGAAAAGGGCAAAUCUAAAAACUAAGCUUAUUGGUACGAUCGUAUCUCUGAACACGCAGUACGACAGAUCGACGAUGAUAUGUGAGGGGUACAUCGACAAGACAAGGCACCUCUCAGGCACAUUUCUUGUGGCAGAGAGCACAAGAAUUAGGGCGUAUAGGGGCAAAGCCUGUCUUUUCUAUGAUUUGGUGGUCGACGUUGCGGUAAAGUACCAAAUACUUGACCAUUUCUUCCAGACAAGCCGCUACAAAAAAGUGGCCAGGUACAUGGGAAUUAGCAGAACCGUGAUGCUGCACGGUCCAGCCGGAACCGGUAAAAGUACGCUCUGCAGAGCCGUUGCCGAUAAAAUAGCAGUGCGCACCAAAAAACGCAUAAAGAUCGUAGAGGUGCGCUGCACACACUAUGUGUCAAAAUUUUACGGUGAAAGCGGUCAAAAACUAAGCGAGCUGUUCAAAAAUCUGGACAGAAACACCGUGGUGAUAAUUGAUGAAGUGGAGAGUCUGCUCGUGAGCAGAGACAGGAUCUGUGCGAGAAACGAGCCGCUAGACAGCAUACGCAUUGUGAAUACGUUUCUUGUCAAUUUGGACGUGAGCGGGUGUUUCUUCCUGUGUACCACAAACUUUCUUGAGGUGGUUGACAGGGCGUUCGUUGAUAGAAUGGAUCUGGUGAUACGGCUGUGCUAUCCCCGCGUGCAGCACAUCUAUCGGAUUAUUCUGAAUGUUUUGCACGUGCUCAUGCUCAGGAAUAUACUUCAAUUUGAAAUACUGCCAAAUUACAGCCAGGCAGUUAACACAGAAAGCAAAAUACUUUUGAUCAGUCGGUCCGUAGGAACGGUAAGUGCAAGAAGAAUCAAAAAAAUGAUUUUUAAUGCAAUGGGCACGGGUGUACGAACUGCUGAUGAUCUUUUGGACAGACUAGAACGGCUUGUUACGAGGGAGUAA